AUGGGUAACUCUGCAACGAAAGAGCAACGUCAAGCACAAUCCCGUCCUUCAGGGUCACGGCAUCAUAGCUCCUCCGGCCCGGCUGCCGUCGGAGCUGGACUCGCCCCGUUAGGCCGUCAAGCGUCUCCUAUUUACAGCUCUCGUCCUGCGAGAGGGAGCAGGCCAGAUCUCACUAGCUUUCUUGGCAUAGGCGGGUCAAGCAAUCGAGAUGAAGCGCCCGCUGAGACUCGAAGGGAGACAAAGCAGGAGAGAGAAGCUCGAAGGCUAGAGAAAGAGAGGAUUGCAAGGGAAAAGGAGAGAGAGCGAAGCAUACGAGAGGAAAGCGUAGAUGGCGGCUUUCUCGUCACGCAGGGUGUCUACACAGGGCCGGAGGAUUUCAACAAGGCCAUAAUUGAAAGACGUCUUGCUCCUUUUUGGAAGGGCCUCAACGACCACUCCGACUCAUGGACUGAGCAUCAACUUGUGGCCGCAGCGAGGGGUCUUCCGCUUCCCGCUGCUGAUGAUAUACCUGCCGAGUUCGCAAGCAGGUCCACCACCAACGUUUCCGAUCCGCAUGCCUCUGAGCAACCCAAGAAUACUUUGAGCGUUCCGAUCGUUGCGCGUACUCAUUCCGCGACUUCUGACGGUUCGCAGCCAGCUUCAUCGCUUCCAAAUACCACGUCUCCCUUGCUUGCGCCAUCUGCAACAUCACCUCUCUUCCGCGGACGUUCUAAAACCUUGGCCUCGCUGACCACAUCGAAGAGCAAUUCACCCAUGGAUAUGACUCCAAGGGAGGUGCAUUUGCCCAAGGAUCCUUAUGUUAAUGGCCAACCCGUCGAGGCAUAUUUGUACAAAGAUGCGACUGAAUGUCCCAUUUGCUUUUUAUACUACCCGCCUUAUCUCAAUAAGACUCGUUGCUGCGAUCAAGCCAUUUGUUCGGAGUGCUUCGUUCAAAUCAAGAGGCCCGAUCCGCAUCCACCGGAACACAAUGAUAACAACGGCGGUGAAGGGAGAGAGCAGGUCGAAGAGCUCACCCUGGUCUCGGAGCCGGCAGCGUGCCCAUUCUGCGUUCAGCCUGAAUUCGGGAUCACGUACGAGCCGCCUCCAUUCCGAAAGGGCCUCGUAUAUGCACAUGCAAGCGGAGUUGCCCAUGGUCCAUCCGCCAUGUCCUCCUCAUCUUCGCUUUCCUCCGUGGGCGCUGCUGGAGACCGUCUUUCUCCUCAAGGGACAGGUCGGCGGAGGACGACUUCUUUGUCUGCGACAUCCCCUGCUGUUAUCACCACUGAUAAAAUUCGACCCGAUUGGGCUCAAAAACUUGCGAAUGCUCGGGCACAUGCCGCACGCAGGUCUGCUGCCGCUACGGCCUUGCAUACUGCUGCAUAUUUACUAAACACCAAUAGCGGCGCUGAAUCACGGGGAUUCGGCGGAUUUGGCAGACGUAGUGGAUUGAUUCGACGACCUGGUGCAAGUAAUGAGAAUGUCAGUGAAGCCAGACCACGGGAUACGUUUGGUGCCGGUGGUCUUGGCGGACUCAUCCAGGCCAUUGAUCGAGAGUCUGGGCCGGGCAAUAAUGGUAAUGCUUUUGAGGGGCCCAGUGUCAGUCUAACUCCUGCUCGAGUUAGUUCACGGAGGAGUAGGCUUGAGGACUUGGAAGAGAUGAUGAUGAUGGAAGCUAUUCGGCUGAGUUUGGCAGCUGAAGAGGAGAGAAAGCGCAAGGAGGAAAAGGAAGCCAAGAAAACGGCCAAAAAGAAGGAGAAGGAGACGAGGAAAGCCGAGAAGGCGGCAAAGAAAGGCGGUGUCUAUCAUAACGCCGCAAGCGAGAACGCUUCAGCAUCAUCAAUCGCGAACUCUCCGCAGACUAAUCCGGGCGUGUCCACUUCAUCCACAGUGAGAGAUUCUGCCAUACAGUCAAAGGGCAAGAGUGUGGAUCGGCCACAGAGCAACGCAUCUGACGCUGCACCACUGAGACCUUCUCUUCUUAGUGAGCAUUCCUCCUCCAGCGGGCGCCUACGAUCUGGAUCUGGAAAUACCAUGAGCGACAUGUCAAUCCGCGGCGGUGAGCUGCCUCGCAGCCAUCCAGCAGACACCUUGACUCCUUCCCGGCCCUCUCACUUGCGACACGUCUCUAAUACAUCUUCCUCGGCGUCUUCCUUUUUAGAUUCUGGUCCUGGUUCUGUACGCAACGAAUUUGCUGCAUCCAAUUCAUCUUUUGACCCCACCUCUAGCACCCCAGCUUUGAAUGCGGGCGGAGAAUACGACAGUUUGGGCACUUCGACUCCUGCUGGGGGCGCUUCGAGCCUCGAGCCUUUGCUGAACUUUAGAAGUUUGGCUGCGAUGAUUGGAGAACAGGAGAAGGAGGAGGAUAAUGCAGCAGCAGUGAACCACGCUGAGGAUCCAGACUCUCAGGCGCCCGCCCAAACCGAGUUAGAGAAUGACACUAGCGCUACGCCUGCGUCAGAUGAAGGUGAUCUAGGGGAGAGCGUGGCGACGGUGAAAGCACUGAAUCCAAACAUCACUGCACAGGUGUCCGACCAUAACGGCCCAACUUCUACGAGCUCCCAAGCUUAG